AUGGCAGAGCAGAGAGCACAAGAUGUGGUAAACCAAUCUCAGUCGGUGGGCGAUCUCUCGCCUUCCGACGCACCUGCGACCACAUCCACACCUGAUAUCAAAGUGUCUGGGGACGAUAUUGGCAAGGAUAGCAAUGAGGUGGAAGCAGAGAUUGCGCCAAAAGAGAAUGGAAUCCAUACCGUGUCAAGUCUCAAAAUGGAAGAACUCGAGGAUGGCUCUGCCCGCUCAGACACAGAUACCAGCCGCGCCGAAGGGAGUGUAGCCGGUGACAAAGUCACAGAGCCCAAACCUUUCAAGAAAUUCGCUGCCAAACCUGUCAGCUUUGCAAAAUAUUCGGUCCCCAAGGUCAUUGCCGCGAGCGCCGCGGCGAAAGCUAAUGAGAAAACCUCUACACCCCAUUCCUCAGCCUCGUCCCUUGCUCAGGCAGGCCGUCCACGAUUAGUCGCCAAAACCACAAGCUCGCUACAGUCCAAGGCGAAGCCCUAUCAAAGCGCAAGCCCGGACCCCAUGCAGGUGUGGAACAAAAACAGAGUUACUCCGCAGCCUUCGACGAAACAUUUGACCGACGAAGAGCUUAAGCAGCAGUACGGAAUCCAUUUGACCUCGCGAAUUCAAGCAGACAGUGAAGGAAAGGAGGCGAAGUGGGCAGACAUUGAUGACGACGAAGACGAUUGGGCUCCAGAAACAAUCGAGUGGAAUGACGGCACCAAGAGCACACUGACUCAUGCCGAUGUCACUCCUCAAACCUCAGAGAAACCAGCGACUCCGUCUGAAUCCGGAGAUAAGUCAACGCCAGCCACUUCCUCGAAGGCCUCCGCACCUCAGUUCGCAAGUUCUGUCGGUCCUAACGCGACCGUUCUCAAACUGGGCGCAAGUGCCGAAAGGCAACAGGCGCAGAAGGCUGCGACUCUUCAAGCUAGGAGCCCCGCUGAAAGGCCGUCAAUCAUUACAAAGGCGACUCCGGCGCCUGCCCCUGCGAAAUCCCCAUGGGCUCCGUUGCCGCCCGUUGACAAGAUUUCGCCAGUUUCAAUCAAUCCUCAGCCAAUACCGCCAUCAAGCCGAUUUCCUCCUAGCCACGCAUACACGCACAGCCCAUCAUCAUUGAAGGCGCCGUCGCCGGCCAAAGAGAUUUCCGCGGAUGACUUCAACCGCUCAUGGAGGGAUUCAUUACCAGGUCAGCAACGAGAGUUGUACGUGCCGGGAUCUGGUCGCUAUGAAGCCGUGUCUGAACCCCGACGACGAAUGUCAAGGAAUGAUCAAGGUUUUCGAGCGCCUGCUGUGUUGCAGAGGCCAAACCAACCUGAUGUGCACGCUCCCGCAGAACCUUCACCGGCUUUCCAGACCAAUCGAACAAGCACCGACCAAGCACGACGUAGGGCGUCGUCUACUAUUUCUGGAGGCAGCGGGCAGUUUGGUCGACGGAUGUCCAUAAAGUCGGGCGAGUUGCCUACACCAAGUGUUGACGCCCAGAGAUAUGAUGCCGAAUCAGCAAUUCGACCAACUUCAAGAGAUGGUCCUCUUUCUGCAACUCAGACACCGACGUAUCAGGUUCGUGGAAUGGGCGACUACAUGUCUGUCGGCGCUACCUCCGCAACAGAUGCUGACAUUGAAGCUCAACGAGCUCAACAGAGAGCUUUGAUGAAAGAGAACAUUGAACGGGCCAGAAAGCGCAAGAUAGAAGAAGAGCAACGGCUGGAGGCCGAAAAACAAGAGCGUAUUCGUUUGAAGCUGGCGUCACUUGGACCCGACCCUAAGCUUGCUAAAAAGUCAGAGGAAGCGGCGAAAGAAAAAGGAGCCCCCGAAAAUGAAGUGAAGAAGGAUAGUGAGCCCUCACCGCAGGUCACUGCUCCAUCUGUGAGCACCACCGCAACUACCACUCACUCUCCACCCAAACCACCUCAGCCGCUGGCUUCUGGCGAACCGCAACAGUACGGCAUGAUGAAAGUGCAUCCCUUGGACUCGAUCAAAAAGAUGGCAACGUCGCUACCUCGACCACCGGAGUCGCAGAGAUUACCCGUUCGAGAAAAAGUCGAAACGAGCCCAGCCGAUCAGCCCAAACAGGAGACACUACAGCUUCCUUCUCCCACCGUAAAUGGCGUCAGGACCGUACCAGAUACGCGACGAACGAGUUGUCAAGAGCCAACCGCCGUUUCUGAGCCGAGCCCCAAGUUACCGAAACCAAGCGCAGUCGUCAGCGAUGCAAGAAGCGGAUGGGGAGAUGUGCGCCAUGAUCAUCGUCCACCCCAGACGGCCAACCUCUGGGGUCUGCCUAACAACAAGGCUCUCGGAAAUGGCACAUUCGAUCAAAGUCUGGCAGGAUAUUCGCCACAAGAUCUGUCUAGGACGUCUUCCACAGCAGCGGGCUGGAUGAAUGGUCGAACGCCUCACUCCGGCCGCUCGCCGCAGAUUCAACACGUCAACCACAUUCUCGCAGAUAACCGAUCGUACUCGUACCAAUCAGUGACCUCCCCAGAUCAGGGGCCGCUAGCGGCCGAUAGCGAGGCCGACUCGCUAUUUCCCACGACGAAACCUGCUCCUAUCGCUCCACCUCAGUCUCAACAAGUUCACCCUGGCAUGAACGGCCUGCCCAACGGGCAGAGGCCAAACGGUGUGGACGCCUGGAACAACUUCCAUGCGGUUGCAAGUCAGCAAGAACGUGCAGAAAGUGAGAAAAUACAGCGGGAGAUGAUGGCCAGGCGGGAGGAAGAAAUACGGACCGGUGUUCGGCAAGGCCCUGCCUACACCUUCAAUGAGACCUGGAGACAGGUCCAGGUCGGCGAUCAAGCACAGAGAUCAAUUUCGGGCGUCUCACAGUCAUCCGUGCCAGCGUCCAACGUAUUCGGUGCCGUAGGAUCGUUGCCUACGACGGAUGUCGGCCCACGUGUGAUUAAUGGACCUCCUGGACGUGGAUCGAGGUUCUUCCCUCAACCCAUCGGGCCGCAUCAUCCUCUUCAUGAUCGCCGUGCAGUUACCUAUAGCCAUCCUGAACCGCCGAGAACACCAUCCCCGCCCCCAGCCGAGGAAUAUGCGAGCCUUCACCCUGCCUUCGACGGAGACUUCACCAGACCAGUAGUGCACUUUCCGCAAAAGCCUGUUGUCAAAUUACCGCCGGCUAUGCCACUCACACCCCCAAGCCCUGUGCACAUUCAGCCCGAACUUGCUUCAACUACGCCACUGACUUGGGCAGCAAGAGUCUCAAUGCCAGCACCUCCUCCUCCGCCAGCACCACUCCGAGCAGUCUCCACUCCGAUUGUGCAGAAUCCUUCGUGGCAAGAACGAUUCAACGGCUUAUUAGGCAAGAAGAGUUCCCCUGCUCGGGAAGCUGCUCAGCCUGCUGGAAUAGUUCUUGCAGUUGCGUCGUCGACUAGAGAGCCUCUUGACGUUCAACAUAUGCAAGUUCCCGCUGCCUCGGUAUCGCUCCCUGUUGAAGUGGGGCCUACAACAUUUUCCAACGAUACAUCGGUCACAACAAAGGCUGUCGAGAGCGAGGAUGACCUGUUUGAGGACAGAGAGCUAGGUUCAUUACCGACCAUCAAGUUUCCAUUGGAGACGCCCAUGUUGCCAAAGUCGUCGUUCUUUGCUUCAAGGGCAGUGGCUCCAUCACCUGAGGUUACGUCAGUGUCUCCCUUCAUGGUCACUAACUGGGUCGAGCGGCACCGUUCCAACGGGCCCCAAUUCGCGCUUAUAAAGUUCCCUGGUUCGUCAAAAGCCAUCAAGAAGGAGUUGCCCGUGCGAGGGUCAUCGGCGCCGUAUCAUGGCGGUAGGCAACGCUUUGGAAGCGGCCCGCCCAGCUCGUCAGGUUCUUUCGGCGGCAAAAGUUAUCGAAACAGAGGCGGACCCCGGUCGAGACAAGCAUCGAAGGCACAUUGA